AUGGCUCAGCUUGAGAGGAUAAAGAAAUUUUCAGAGAGCAGCCCUAAAUCUCAAGCGCCCCCCACUUUUGAGCAGCUCCUAAGAGAUGAAGAAGCAUACUGGUCAAAGAUGUCGCCCCGCGGUAGAUCAUGUCAUGAUCAUGAAGUCUGCCCCAGCUACUGCACUGCCGGCGACACCAAGAAGUCUGUUCUCUCUUUGGUUAAAGACACAGCCAAGAAGUGGAGGAACAGCAUCAGUGGCCGCCGCAAGAAUGGAUUCGAGUUCCACGACAACGACCACAGCCACGACUACAACCACAGCUACUUCCAAAACUUUCACCACAACUACAACCAGAGCCAGAGCCAAAGCCAGAGCCUCUACCAAAACCACGGCCAGAGCCACCACCACGAUUACGAUCACAACCAUGACUACGGCCACAUGACACCUACUCGGGGCUCUACGAUGGAAGAUGACUUGGAUCAUGAACAAGCCUAUGAUCCCGAGUACCUUGGCGCUCCAAUGUACGAGUCAGAAGCAGCACCCAACUGUCUGAAGGAGACGGCAAGGCAGCACCCGAGGGCAGAUCCUGUCAUCUCUGAGAGUCAUAGGGCGCCAACCAUGAAGCAUCAAACACACGAAAGAGGAGUUUCUGUGAAGGAGUAUUUCUUGAACAAGCUGGAGCCUGGAGAAGAUGAAAAAGCACUCUCACAGGCUAUAACAGAGGGCAUCAGUCCUAGGAAAAGCACUGGAGAGACGGGUGUUGUGGAUAAGGUUAAAGAGGCUGUCACUUCAUUGUUCAGGCAGGAGGAGACCUCCAACUCAACAGAAACAUCUGCAGGAUUGUUUUCUGAUGCCUCUGCCUCCUCAGAAGUUAAAACAAUUGCUGAACCGAACCUUCUGGAUUCAAUCCAUGCAGAUAAAUCUGCAAGCCCAUCUGCUGCUGCUGUCGACACUUCAAACACUCCAACAGUUGUUCAACUGAAACCUGCUGCUUCAACUUAUGCAGAAAAACCUGCAAGUCUGUCUCCUGCUGCUGCUGACACUUCAAUCGUUCCAGCGAAUGCUCAACUGAACCGCGUGCCUUCAGUACAUGUUCGUUCUACCAAAGUUUUCAUUGACAGUACCAACUCACCUAUCAUCCCAGUGUCCACCAAUACUCAUGAAGAUUAUGAGGAAGAAACCAAUGGUAAGAUUCUGCAAGCCAAUUGAAGAUUCGUAUGCAGCAAAUGACACGAUAUGCUUUUGGAGUGCCUUGUUAAUACACCCACCGAGAAGAACAGCAUUUAGCAAAUUACUUUUGCUUUCAUAUAACUUGUUUUAUCCCUCCUGUGUUUAGGCUGAGGUGUAGAGCCUUGCUCCCACUAGUUUGUAAUACUGAUAAGAAAAUGCAGAAAAGA